UACAUUUUCACGACGGUAAGUCUCCUCGAGUUUUCUCUUCUUCCCAUCACGUUUCAUACAACUACUAUCAAUAGUGCAAGGCUAUCGUCCGUCCUGAAUAUUUACUUGACUCCGUUUUCUUGUAUAUUUUACUGUCAAUAAGAUUUUUUUCAUUGUUGUCCUUGUUCCGAAACAUCUGGAUUCAUUCAUACUACAACCUAUCGCCUUUCUGUGUUGAAACUCAAGUCGGGCCAAGAUCAGUUCGUGACAAGAUGUUACGGUUCGGCGCGGUCCUUCUGGUCAAUGCGUGUUUAAUGAUAGUUGGUGCGGUUGAAAAUUUUAAUGAUAACGUACCGAAACCGAAUCAAGAAGAAUUAUUACGACCCAAAAGGGGGAUUAAUCCUAAUCAAAAUUUAACAACAACCCGAAGAUCAAUACCCGACGGUCUUUUUACCAUUCCAACUCGAACUCCAAGUUAUUAUACCACUAUUAAACCUGGUUAUUAUCCCCCAUCGUCUACAAAUGAUAACGAUUCGAAUGUAUCAUCUCGUUUAAAUCGUUUAGAAACUGAAUUUGAGGAAAAAGUUACGAAAUUCCGCCAUGAAUUGCACCAUAGAAAUCGUCGAAUUGAAGUGGAGAAUGCAGCGACUAAAUCCGACGUUGAACGUCUUAAAAUGGAAUUGAAAAAUAUGAAAGAUCAACAGAGAUACGAUAGAAAUGUUAUUGACAAUAGCGCUUUUGAAAAUCGUAUCGAAGACUUGAAAACGUUGGUUAAGGUUGUACUUAGCAAUAUGAGAAUUUUAAAUGCGGAUGUUAACAGUAUUAAGAAGAAUUUUAGUGACUUGGCCACGCAAACAGAAUUAAUGGCUCAAUCAAAUACUGAACUUCUUAGUAAACAAUUCUUUAAUCAAGGAUUAUUGGAAUUACAUCAAAAACAUUACGGAGGUCAUUCGCUUGCAUCUUAUCAAAAUAGUCCAAAAACAACACCAGAAAAUGUUUUCCCACAAAAUUGCAAACAAUUAAAAGAUGAAAAUAAAUCUUCCGGGAUUUACAGGAUCAAACCUGAAAGUGCUCCUACUCCAUUCAUGGUCUUUUGUGAUAUGGAAUCAAGGGAUGGUGGUUGGACUGUUAUCCAAAAUAGAUUUGAUGGUUCACAAGAAUUUUUUAAAAAUUGGCACGAAUAUAAACAUGGAUUUGGUAAUUUAGGAGGCGAAUUUUGGUUAGGACUUAAUAACAUUUAUUAUUUAACAGGAAACGAGGUUAACGAAUUGUUAAUCGAGUUAGAGGAUUUCGACGGGGUGUCGGCAUACGCUCGAUACACCGCUUUUAGUCUUGGUUCAGAACUCGAAGGCUACGCCUUGAAAGUCCUCGGAGGAUACAGUGGUAAUGCCGGGAAUUCACUAAUAUACCAUGCUGGGAAUAAAUUUAGCACCAAGGAUAUAGAUAACGAUGUAUGGCCAGAAGGAAGUUGCGCAUUAUCUCAUGGUGGCGGCUGGUGGUACCGCAGCUGCGACACCACCAACUUGAACGGACGCUACUUGAAUGGGAGACUUCCCGAACAGUUUAUUUAUCAGGGCGUGUACUGGGGCGACUUCGGUGGACCGCUUUAUAGUCUCCGGAAAACUAGGAUUCUAGUCAGAACGAGGGAUGAAAACAGUCCUCCUAUGUUUGAUAUUAAUAUCACAAACACUACCUUUGAAAAUUAUUAAUUGUUUUAUUAAAGUUAUGUUCUUAAUUAAACAUUUUAAAGUAAUAUUAAUUUUAUAUGCUUAUUUUAUGAUGUUUCUCACUCAUACUUGUGUAUUGUAUACUUGUAAUGUAAAUUUAGUAAAAUUCUGUUAAAUUGA